AUUCAAGUGUUAUCAGAUGUGACCUGCUUUCGGCUGUCAUUGUGUUGUUGGCUGUUUCCAACUUCCAAUAACCUUAAUCACACAUUUAGUGCCAGAUUUGUUUUUAUUUAUUUAUUUUUUUAAAUUAUUUUGUAAUUCAACACCGGGUUUGGAAACAGCAACAUGUCAAGUUCAGAUUACUUUGAUUUGAAGUACCUAAGCAAAUGUUUUGAGACAUCAAUGGAAGCAGAUAAAGAUAUUAAACUUGAGCCUUUUCUCCUGGGUUUCCAAGAGCUCAACAAAUUCUGUGAUCUUAUGGGUGGAAUAUUGUUUAAUGCGGUAUCCACAGAAAUUUCGAGCAAAUCAAAUAUUUUGCAAGAAUACCUCCAGAAAGAUGCCGAAACGUUUUCCUCAUUGCAAAAGAUGAUUGCUUAUGAACGCAGGGAAAACCAACUAAAUAAUGGCGUUUGCGGCUGUAGAACGUUACUCAGGCUUCUAAGGGGUUUAGACUUUGUAAGGACAUUUUUUGAAAAAGUCUCCCAACUCAAUUAUGAAGAUAGUACAAGCUCAGUUGGUACGGAAGCCUACAAUCAAACUCUAGCACAGCACCAUGGAUUUUUUGUUAGACAAGCUGCAAGUAUUGGUCUUUGGACAUUACCUUCUAAGAAGGAAUUAUUAAGAAAGUUAUUUGGUGACAGAACUGAUGAAGCAAUGGAAGCUCUUCCAGUAGCAUUGAAAUCCUGCAACUGCACUUAUUUAAAAUUGCAUGAGUUGUUUAAAUCCAACAACCUUCUUGAACUUCCAUAAUAUUGCAACCUUCAUGAUUUAAUUGUUCUAUUUUGAGGACGUAACCCACUGCAGUUUUUUGCUGAAAUAAUUCACACUGGCUUUAUUUACCAAACCAACCUCAAAGUAUACCAUGUAUAAAUUUGCCAAUUUUUUCUAAAAUUAAUAUGCAUUUUUAUUUAUGCUCAUUCUUUUUUGUCAAUUUUAUUAAAAUAUGCAGUGUGCGCACAAAUACUUGGCAGGAUUCAUUCUGCCAACAGUUUUGUCCUAAUUAAUGUUGAGGAAGUAUAAAAUUGUUUUUCAAACCUCUAAUUAGACUUAAAUAUAAGCCAACAUAAAAUACAUUUUUUUAAAACAAAAUGAAAGAAUAAAGUCAUUAAACAAUAAAUAUUUAAGAAAAAAACAAUACUGUUAAACAUUCCUAUAUUUUGUAUGUUAAAGUAAUAUUGUGUAUAUAGUAAAUAAGGAAUUUAUUUGAAUUACAAAUUUGUGUAUUAUGUUAUUAAUUAUUAUUAUUAUUAUGUUAAUUUAUUGUUGUAUUACAAAGUUAUGUAAGUAGUUUUUUAACAAGAUUGGUAGGGUAUUUUUACCUUAAAAGGUCGUGUUUGUGUUCGACUUGUUGUCAUCUUAUUUCUGAAAUAAUAAUUCUGUGAAGGAUACAACUAUAUAAAGUAAAUUAAAUGUUAAUUUUUCAUUGUACUAAUUUGACUAUGCAAUAAGUAAUGACAACAGUAAUACCAUAGAAACCAACUUUUCUACCAAAAAAAUUUUCUUUCAACUAUUUAUUAUAAAAUGUGAUUCAAAAUUUGUUUGUACAUAUUAAGUUUUAUUACCUAAUUAACUGCUUAGUAUGUUCCCUUGUCCAAUUCAGUUAUUCAGGGUUUUUGUUUGUAAAGAAUUGUACAUUUUAUAAAUGAAGGUUUUAAUUUUUUCGAGCCUCUGUUCUUAAAUUAAAACAUCUAAUGAAUGGAGAAUACUAUAGACAAAAAUACUUCUAAAUUAUAAAAAUUGUAAGACAAUUGGACUGUGGCCUGCAAAGGCUGAUUGUUGAAGGAAAAAAGGUCAUUCUUAUGAUAUUGUGUAGAUUCCACUAAUGGGGGUGAGGCCACGCAGGUGCCCAUUGUGAGGAGAUAUUAUCAUGGUAGAGCACAUAACAGACUGUAAUGUAUUAAGUCUGAAAAUUAAAAAAUAUGAUAUCCCAAAUGACCUAUGUUCAGCCAUAGUAUAUGGCAACAGGCAUUAUCUCAGGGCCAUAAAUAUUUUCAUUCCAUAAAGAUCUGUGUACUGUCAUAUAUGUGAUAUGUGUUAGUGAAUGAGUGAGUGUAUUUAUUAGCAAGAAUGGCAGGGCUUAUCCACAAUUACCCUGAGGAAUAUAUGACCCUUAUAUUUUGGGAUAAGAUGAAUCCUAACCAAACUAUUUUUUUAUCUUGUCUUUGCGUAUGUCUUAUUUGUAUUAUUUUAUGAAAAAAAAGCUCUGAGGUAGGAUAAAAAAAGAGAGAGUCAGUUACUGUUAUGUUAUAACUUGGCUGGAGAAAGGUGGAAAAGAAAUUAGAAGGAUUAAAACACUAAAAAUACAGGAAAACAAUUGAGAAAAAACUAGCUAAAAGUGUAAGAGGUGUUAUUAACCUAUGAGUGGUCGUAAUAUGAGUUUUUCUGUCAUUUUGCUGUGCUUUUUUUCUAAAUAAAUGGUACCUGUGUUA